AUGACUUUUGGAGCAACUUGUUCAUCAUCGACUGCCCUUUAUGUGGUGAAAUUGAAUUCCAGAAGAUUUGAAGAUCAAUAUCCUGAAGCUAGUAAAGCAAUUUGUACCAAGGAAUACAUGGACGACCAUUUAGACUGCUGUGAAACAAUUGAUAGUGCUAUUAACAGAAUUCAGCAAAUUAAAACAAUUGUCAAGAAAGUAAAAAAUACUUGUCUUUGGUGUAAGAGACGAGAUUCCAAACCUGAAGUGCCAGAAAUGGGACCAUUACCCCAGUGUAGAGUGACGAAACCUCCACAUCCUUUCUUUUACACAGGAAUGGAUUUCUUCGGACCCAUCGAAGUUGCUGUAGGACGAAGACAUGAAAAACGUUGGUGUUUAUUAUUCACUUGCAUGUCUGUCAGAGCUAUUCACAUUGAAGUCGCUCAUUCGCUAACAACAGACAGUCCACGAGAAAUCUUCUCUGAUCGUGGUACAAACUUUAUAGGUACUAAUAGAGAAUUACAGCAACAAGUGAAACAUUUGGAUCAUCAAAAAAUUCAGAAGACCCUUAUUCAUAUGGAAGAAGGUAUCAAGUGGAAUUUCAAUCCAGCACGAACACCACACAUGGGAGGUUGCUGGGAGAGGUUGAUUAGAUCUGUCAAGAAAGGCUUGAGCGCAGUACUUACUUCACAAUAUCCUAAAGAUGAAACACUACAGACACUCCUUUCUUAUGUAGAAAAUAUCGUCAAUUCUAGACCGCUUACUCCCAUUUCUUUGGACGCAACUGAUGGAGCACCAUUAACUCCCAACCAUUUUUUAUUGGGAGGCAAUUUUUAUUUGUUCCUAUCUACAAAUUUUCAGGAAGACGAUAUAUUUUCCAGAAAACAAUGGAGAAAAGUUGGACUCAUGGCAGAUCACUUUUGGCGACGUUGGUUGAAAGAAUAUUUACCUACCUUGACUAAGCGCUCCAAAUGGUUCCUGAAAGCGAGACCUCUCAAAAUCGACGACCUCGUUAUAAUAUGUGACGAUGACUUACCUAGAAAUUCUUGGCCAAUGGGUAGAAUCAUUCAGGUAUUUCCGGGAAAAGAUGGGCAAAUCCGAUCAGCGGAAAUCAAGACCAAUCGAGGAGUUUUAAGAAGACCAGCAGUUAAAAUUGCUGUCAUCGGGGUGGAGAAUGUUGAGGAAAAAAUAUAA